AGUGGGAUUUCGUAUCCUGAAAUUCCAUAUCUAUUUAAUAUUUUUGAAAUGAGGUAGCACCGGUUAAUAAGCAAUAAAUAAAUACCACCCUAGUACUAUGCCUUAAUUUAUUUAUAUAGUGCAAAUAAUCAGUUUUUGCGGGAAUGCCGAACACGAACAGUGCCACCGUUGCCAAUGAUGAUUAUGAAGUUAUCGGAGAAGCCCAAUGGCAAAUACUGGAGAAUGUUGUUGAUGAAGAGAUCUUCAAGAUCUACGGCUUCAAGUACUCCAAAGUACGAGCUAUCAUAUUCCAUGCUGUGUGCAUAGCACUAUGUGGAUUGCCGUAUUUUGCCUUGGCAUAUUAUCCUUCAUUAAACAGAUUCAAGUACUUAAAAUGCAGUUUGAAAAUGGCUGAAGAGAUAUGUGUAAUGGAUGCCGAAGGCUCAUUCAACAUGGAGAAAGUUAUAGAAAUAGACCUGAAUAUCGCCAACCACAACAACAAACUGCGGUACUUCAUCUACCAACACACACGGUUCGUCUGGCUCAACGACCAAGGAGUGUUUGUGAACGUGCAGUCACUGAACGAGAAACUGACUAUCAACCUUCUGAUGGAUAAUAUGUCGGGGAUCAAUAAGCGACAGCAGAAUGAGUUAAUAAAACUAUACGGCACAAACUCAGUAGAAGUUGAAGUGAAGAGCUAUUGGACACUGUUUGUGAACGAAGUUUUCAACCCGUUUUACCUGUUCCAAGUGUUUUCCAUCGUGCUAUGGUCGCUAGACGAGUAUUAUCAAUACGCUACGUGCGUCCUGAUACUCUCUGCGGGAUCCUGCAUGCUGGCCCUGUAUCAAACUAAACAGAUGAGCAUAAACCUCCACAAAAUGGCCGGCUCCACCAGCUCAUUCACCGUGUCCGUUCUCCGCCCGUCCCGGACCGGUCGAGAGGAGUGUGUAGUCAACGCAAGCCGACUGGUUCCUGGCGAUGUACUUAUACUGCCACCGGACGGCUGCGUCAUGCCUUGCGACGCUAUGCUGCUUACUGGCAACUGUAUAGUUAACGAGAGCAUGCUUACAGGCGAAAGUGUACCAGUGAUGAAAGGCCCGCCCUGCCCCUCCCCAGAAAUAUACUCCACAGAAGGUCACAAAAGGCAUACCUUGUUCGCUGGCACCCACGUCAUUCAAACCCGUUUCUAUGGCAACAACCAGGUGCUAGCCAAAGUAGUCCGCACAGGAUUCUACACAGCCAAAGGCGAGCUGAUAAAGAGCAUUCUCUUCCCGAAAAAGUUCGACUUCCAGUUCUAUAAGGACGCCGUGAAGUUCGUCAUUUUCAUGUUCUGCAUCGCCGCUAUUGGCAUGGGGUAUUCCAUCUGGCUGUAUCUGCAGAGAGGCAGCCACGCCGAAACCAUAGUGCUCCGUACACUCGACAUCAUAACCAUAGUCGUGCCCCCGGCGUUACCCGCCGCCAUGACAGCCGGCAUAGUGUACAGUCAGCAGAGGCUGCGCAGGAACAAGAUCUUCUGCGUGUCGCCUCCGAGGAUCAUCAUCUGCGGGAAACUGCAAGUCAUGUGCUUUGAUAAGACUGGAACUCUUACAGAAGACGGGCUGGAUCUAUACUCAGUGCUGCCACACCAGUCAGGCGAACGUUUCGGCCGGACCGUGGUCGAAGUGACAGCCCUCCCUCCGCGCAGUCCUCUCAUACAAGCACUAGCUUCUUGCCACUCGCUUACUAGCAUCCAGGGCCAGCUAAAAGGUGACCCGCUCGACCUCAAGAUGUUCGAAUUCACGCAGUGGGUACUUGAAGAACCCGGUCCAGAAAACACGCGCUACGAUAAUCUAACGCCAGCGAUUGUCAAGCCCAAGUCAUCACAGAACGAGCUACAAGACCUGGACAACUAUGAUCCUCUCACCAUGGAAAUGCCCUAUGAGGUGGGUCUGCUGCGGCGGUUCCACUUCUCUUCAUCACAGCAGUCAAUGGGCGUCAUCGCCCGUGUGUUGGGACAACCGCAGAUGGUGUACUUCGUUAAAGGGGCCCCGGAAAAGGUGGCCGGCAUGUGCAGCCCAGAAUCCCUCCCAGAAAACUUCAGCUCGGUCCUCCACGAUUACACCUCCAACGGCUUCCGAGUGAUCGGUCUCGCGUACCGCAAGCUAGACCGCAAGAUGAAGUGGGUCGAUGCUCAGCGCGUCAAGCGGGAAGGCCUUGAGUGCGACAUGACCUUCCUCGGCUUUCUCGUUAUGCAGAAUAGCUUGAAGCCAGAGACUACUCAAGUCAUUAAGGAGUUGCAUGAAGCGAAUGUUAAGCAGAUCAUGGUUACAGGUGACAACAUAAUGACAGCAAUGUCCGUGGCUAGAGGGUGCUUCAUGGUGCAAACGCACCAAAAGCUGGUGCUUAUCACAGUCGGCCAUCAACAGACGGAUGAUACCCGACCGCCGCUGUGUAUGGAAGUGGUUGGGGAAGGCGGACCGCCGAAGCUCGCGAGCGACAUCUAUGUGCUGGCUUGAGGCAAGACGUGGUCCGUCAUCCGGAAUUACUAUCCGGAGAUGAUGUCCACCGUACUUAAUAGAGGCAUAGUAUUCGGCCGUUUCGGUCCCGACCAGAAGACGCAACUUAUAACCGCGCUGCAGGGCGAAGGACGAGUCGUGGGCAUGUGUGGAGACGGCGCCAACGACUGCGGAGCGCUCAAGGCCGCACACGUCGGGAUCUCACUGUCCGAAGCUGAUGCCUCAGUGGCGGCUCCCUUCACGUCUCAAGAGCAGAACAUUCGCUGCGUCAAAUUAUUAGCGCUGGAAGGCAGAUGCGCGCUCAGCACUAGCUUCGCAAUCUUUAAAUAUAUGGCUCUCUAUUCGCUUAUACAGUUCUUCUCUAUUCUUAUUUUAUACAACUACUUCUCGAUCCUGGGUAACUACCAGUUCCUCUACAUCGACCUGGUGCUAACAACGCUCCUAGCUUUGUCUCUCGGCCGCGCCGCGCCGGGCCCCGUGCUAGCGCCACGCUCUCCACCCGUGUCGCUUGUGGCUAUAUCUAGCAUCCUGCCUCUAGUCGCACAGGUAGCGCUGGUUCUUCUUCUUCAACUUGCCGCUCUGUACCUGCUACGAGGACAGGACUGGUUCCACCAAGUGGAAGGCAACCCGGAGUUGGAAGUGGUGCUCUGCUGGGAGAAUACAGUGAUCUUCAUCGUGUCCUCGUUCCAGUACUUAGUCAUGGCCUGCGUGUACGCAAAGGGCUGGCCGUUCCGUGAGCCGUUUUGUGCCAAUUAUUACAUGGUGCUGACUCUAGUCACACAGUCGGUGUUUGUUGUACUGCUCCUGUUCUGCCCAUGGCAAGAGCUUGCAGACCUCAUGGAAGUAAAGGCGUUCAAGUGGGAAGCUCAAGAAGAGAACAUUUUCCGCAUUUACCUUUUGCUGGUGCCGGCGCUGCAUCUCAUACUGGCCAUCGCCAUCGAGGCAACCCUAUCCGAUACGCACAAAUUCCACGACAUGUUCCGCGGCCUCCGGCGCCGAUGCGACAAGCAGCCCGUCGCUGGGGACGCCGCGCAUGUGUGCUGACGCUACACGCACGCACACGCUCUCACACGCGUCGGGAAACCAGGCGAGAUGUAUCUCUGUUUCUUUACCUUAUCUGUGAAGCGGAGCGGUGUUUUUGUUUCCCCAAGGGAGAUGUUUUUCUGUUCCUUUCUAGUAGCGAGGCGCGUUGCGGAUUUUUUUGUUAGUAAAUGUUUUUCAACGGCUGUGAGAUCCGCAAGAGGCCCGCGUUAGAUGACAAUACAUUAAUCCAGGGGUCUCCAAACUAUGGCCCGCAUGGCAACAUAGGUUUGACCUUAGGGUUAAAAAGUUUGGAGACCCCUGAUUUAAGUUUUAACCAUUUUUACGUGUUUUCGUCAAAAGCUGUGCGUUCGCACGGUUCUUUGUUUUGUUUGGUUAUUUUAAAGUCAUACAAAAUUGUCUUGAUAAAACUUACCUACGUUCGCCUAGUCUAAAGCUAGUUCUAACGUCACAAACACACGGUGUCAACUUGAGCAUCUUUAAUUACCAUUUUAAAUAUGUAUUUGUACUAGACAUACAUAAGCAGCGACAAUUCGAUAUACUUCAUUUAAAUAUCAAAAAGCCAUUUUUCUACGUUCGCUGCUCGUCUAGUAUUUUAGAAUCAUUAGCUCAUUUUGUAUUAUAUUUCAAGGUCAAAUCAUGUACUGACUUUAGUUCCUUUUACGGGUUAAAAAGUCUUUAUUCAAUGUUCGCGUUCAGUUGCUGACCUAAAAUCUUCGCGGGUAUCCGCGAUUGCAUAGAUUUUGUAUAGAAAUAUACACACAUUAUGUCUUUACCUAGCCAGUUUUCAUAUUUCAAAUCAAUAAUUCUUUCGCACUCACGUAAGUGAGACGACACGUUAGUGCGAUAAGGACAAUUGCGGAAACACAUUUUCUGCACUAGUUUGAUUAAGAGCCAGUGUGUUUUCAAAUUAUCCGAUCUAAUAUCGGAUGCAGGACCGAUGUCCUUUGUAUAAGGGUGCCUUUCCACCAGAGAUGCGCUGUGGAUGUGUUUGAUAUCCACCAGUCAGCUUAGUCGAACCCGUUCCCACUAGCGCUAAGCUAAGCGGUUCCACUAAGGUCAUUGGUGGAUA